AUGUCAAGUAUAAAAAGUAUCUUCAAGCUUUCGUAUUUGCAUUUACUAUAUGAUCUCUUCAUCUUAUCCCUGAAGAUCAGUUUCGCUAUGUCCGUAGCUACUUUUAAGAUGAUCAUACCUCCGCGACGGAAAAGUUUGUUAGGAGAGACGGUGUUGAUCACCGGUGCUGGACAUGGUAUUGGCCGUGAGCUGGCUAUAAUGUUGUCUUCUUUGGGUUGCGUAAUUGUCUGCUGGGACAUAGACGCCGAAGCGAACCGAACAACUCUUAGAACGAUAUCGGAAAACGGUGGAGAAGCUUACGGUUUCGUAGUCGACGUGUCGAAACGAUUAGAGAUCCGGGAGACGGCGAAAUUAAUGAGAAAAAUGGCCGUGCCGGAAGUGUCGAUCUUGAUUAAUAACGCUGCUGUGUUAUAUCAUAGUCACUUCCUGGAUCAAGAUUCAGACCUUGUCGAAAAAACGUUCAGUGUCAACGUCUUUUCAAACUUUUGGACAAUAGAAACUUUCCUACCAAAUAUGAUACUUAACAAGAAAGGUCAUAUAGUAUGUGUGAGCAGUAUGUGCGGUAUAUAUGGAGUGUCUCAGAAAGUAGCUUACUGUUCUUCCAAAUUUGCUCUCAGAGGACUAAUGGAAUCGCUUCACGAAGAAUUAAGAUCGGAAGGUAAAGCAACUGGUAUACGAUUCACAACUGUUUAUCCAUUUUACGUGAACACUGGAUUAGCUAGAGAUCCAAAAUAUAGAUUUCCUUGUAUAUUCGGCGUCGUAUCACCGGCAUAUGCGGCAGAAGAAAUAAUUAAAGCAAUUAGGAGGAAUUAUACCGAAUAUUCUAUCCCUAGGUGUCUUUUUACUUUGAAUUCCAUUAACAGAAUGGUUCCCGACACGGUAAUGAGACUGAUCCUUGACUUCUUGGCCGACGUGGAUAGGAAACGCCGGGAAAAACUUGUUACCUAUGAAAUAGACUCUUCGUAAACCGCAACGAUGUGUUACACAAUUACAUAAGACUAUACUAUUACGUUUCAUUAAUUGCACGGAGUUACUGCUAUAUUUCCAAAUGGCGUCAUAGAAGCUGAACAAUAUUUCUUUACUGAUGACGUCUUUUGUGUUAUUAAACAAUUUCUUGAUUUGAAGAUUGUUGUACACGAUUCAUUUUUAGCAGAUCUGAUCGUAAUCAGAAUUUUCUAACGGCUAAAAGAUAUUUAAACGAAAUAAUAACGGAACGUUCGACUUUCUAUUAGGUAAAUAGUCGAAAAUAAAUCGAUCUUACACAACCAGUUUGUAUUUUCUGCUACGUGCCUGAAGUAUAAAUUUCGUCGUCGACGAUUGAUGUUUCUUAUACUCGAAUUUAUACUAUUACGUAAGUCCUCGAUUUAGACUAUGUACUAAUUGUAAAAACUAUUAUAUUAAUUACUUAAUACUACAAUUUUUGAAAAUUCGUAAAUAAAAUUAUUAGAAUUACGAACAGGAUUUAACGUUUCGUAGUAUUAUGUUACAAAUGCGUAAAUAGGGAAAUAAGAAGAGAAAAAUUCCAAUACGUAAAUAGGGAAGUAAGAAGUGGAAAUAACCAAGUCUUUUUAUUCCGUUGACUCUGGGAUUAAGUACGUAAAUAUUCUUUUAUUUAUGGUUCUUGAAACAGUAAAAUUGUAAUAAAUAUGAAAGCAGGAAUAAGAAAUAAAGUAGAAAGACCUGAACGCAAAUGA